AUGGGCAGCAUUACCGAGCAGAAAUACCGUAUUGGAGUUGAUGUGGGAGGCACAAACACCGAUGCAGUUCUCAUCUCCCUUGACCCUGUCUCCAUCAUCGCUUCGCACAAAGCACCUACCACUCCGGAUGUCACGACGGGUAUCACCAAUGCUGUUCGCAAAGUCAUCGAAUCUUCGACCGUAUCACUUGCGUCGAUUGGCUGUGUGAUCGUCGGCACUACUCAUUUUGUGAAUGCGGUUGUUCAGCGUUCACUGUCUUUGCGCCGCGUAGCCGUUAUUCGACUAUGUGGUGGUUCUCAGGAAGGCUUUGGCCGUGGGAUUCCGCCCUUCGUCGACUUCCCUGCCGAUCUGCGCGCUUGCAUCGAGACCUCUCAGAUCUAUCAUUGUAGUGGUGGAUAUCAGAUUUCCGGCGACGAAAUCAGUCCGUUGGACCGUGAAGAACUGAGACGUGUGGCUGGAAAUUUGGCAAAAAGCAAUGUUUCCAAUGUGGUAAUCUCAGGGAUGUAUGCUCCAUUGAACCACUUGCAAGAGACAACUGCUCGAGAUAUCUUGCUGGAAAGUAUGAUCAAGAGUGGCGGAACCGAUUUCAAGCCUCGGAUCACUCUGUCUCAUGAGGUAUCAGGUCUGGGAUUCCUGGCUCGUGAGAAUGCAGCAAUCCUGAAUGCUACACUACGUCCUCUUGCCGAAAAAACCAUCUACGGGUUCCAAAAAUCCAUGGAAGACAUUUUUCGGGGUCAACCUUACACGCUUUACCUGACCCAGAACGAUGGUAGUGUUCUGGGAAUCUCAGAAGCUGUGGAGUUACCUAUUCGCACCUUCAACUCCGGUCCAACAAACUCCAUUCGCGGAGGUGAAUUUCUUUGGCGUGCUGCGGCGGAGGAAAAAGGGCAGCAAUACGUUGAGCGUACCGAGCCUCUCGCGGUGAUUGAUAUCGGUGGGACGACAUCCGAUAGUGGACUCUUACUGCCAAAUGGAAUCCCACAAAUGAGCUCUAUCAUGAGCCUCGUUGGUGGGGUCCGUACCAACUUUGCUCUCCCUGCAGUUGAAAGUAUUGGGCUAGGUGGAGGCUCUAUCAUCCGCAGCCUAGAUAAUGGAGAGCUCUCCGUUGGUCCAGACAGCGUCGCUUUAGAGCUUCUUGAGAAGGCGAAACUUUUCGGUGGUGACUAUCUCACAUCAACGGAUAUCGUUGCUGCAUCUGAAAUAUAUUCACCGACGGGAAAUAAUCCAUUCAAGGGAUUGGGAGAUACCAAGCACCUCGCGGACGUCACCCCGGAGUUAGUGAAGAAGGCCCAGGCUGUCAUGCGACGACAAAUUGAAGAGCUCGUUGAUAGGACAAAGAUCCAGAAGGGUGAUGUCGACGUUUUGAUCGUCGGCGGUGGCGCUCCCAUCAUCAAGACAGACGAGCCGCUUUCAGGGGCUCAAGAAGCAGUUUCAAAGAUUGCCGUUGAGAAGGCGAUUGCAAAUGGUGCCAAGCCAGAAACGGUCCAAAUUGUCGAAGUGACCAUGUUGCCAAUUCAAUACGUCGAAGCAAAGGCUCGAAUUCUUGUUAGGGCUGUUGGAGAGCUCGAUAUCAUUUCACAACGACAUACUACUCGUGCGGGGAUUACGCCCGAUCCGCAGGUGGUCAAUGACACAAAGGAGAUUCGGGAAAAUCUUCUUAUUCACCGGCCGUACCGGAAGUUGAUAUUCGCGAAUCUGGAAUUUAUCGCCGCGGGGUGCAAGAUACUUGGUUGUGGAGGUGGUGGCGAUCCAUACCAAGAAUACCUCAAGGCAAAAGCCAUCAUUCAACUUCACCCAGGUACAAUCAAGGUAGUUUCACCAGACUUCUUACCCGAUGACUCCUUGGUCGGAUGGACUGGUUGUAUGGGCAGUCCGGAAGUGAGCAUGGAGAGGCUCGAAAACGACGAAUGCCUCAAGGCACACGAGGAACUUAUGCGUGUCAUUAAAAGCCCACCAGUGUCUGGCUUUCUAUCUCUGGAGAUUGGUGGAGGAAACGGUGUCGUCAAUCUCAGUGUUUCAGCCCAUUUCGGAGUGCCCUGCAUUGAUGCCGAUUUCAUGGGUCGCGCGUAUCCAACGACUUGGCAAACCACGCCAAAUGUCUAUGGAUCUCCAACCGGCGAUGCUCUGGUACCUGCAACAAUCGCGAGUGGUGAUGGCUCAUUCAUCACCAUGACCAAGUCUCGCACAGACCGAGGUGUCGAUAAGAUUCUGCGAGCUGCAUGCGUGGAGAUGGGUUGCCGCGCAGGUAAAUCCCUGGCGCCGAAGACCGCCAAAGCAGUCAGAGAGCAGGCCGUCACCAAUACGGUCUCUUUAGCUUGGUGGAUCGGGCGAGCGGUGGCUCUAGAGAAAAAUAUCGCGGAAAAGGCCCAACGCAUCGUCGAUGAGGUCGGUGGCUCUGAGACUGCAGUCAUUCUCGGCCAGGGGAAAAUCACCGGCGUCGAGCGAGUUCUCAAGACUGGCCAUACCUACGGUGUGUUGGAGGUCGAUGGAACUCUGACCGCUGGGACAAAGGCCACCAUCAAGGUCCCAUUCAAGAACGAAAACGCCUUUGUUGAAGCGGUUGCGGAAGGCGAAUCGAAAAUUUUGGCGUCUGUGCCUGAUCUGAUUGCCGUCAUUGAUGCUGAGACUGGCGCGGGCCUGGGGACCCCCGAGUACAAGUAUGGACUUAAAGUCGUCAUUAUUGCUAUUGCUGCAUCCCCCCGGUGGACUGAAACCGCAAGGGGGAUGGAGCUGGGAGGGCCUGGUUCUAUGGGAUUCGAAGAGGUCAAAUAUGUUCCGAUUGGAAAGUACAGCAAACCUCGAAGCAUCAUUGAGGUCUUUGGUUGA